UAAAUGCCUAAAGUUGUGUCACGGAGUGUGGUGUGUUCGGACACGCGCGACAGAGAGGAGUACGACGAUGGAGAGAAGCCGCUGCACGUGUACUACUGUUUAUGUGAGCAAAUGGUGCUCGUGCUGGACUGCCAGCUGGAGAAGUUACCCAUGAGACCACGGGACAAGGCACGAGUCAUUGACGCAGCGAAACACGCGCACAAGUUCUGCAACGUGGAAGAGGAUGAGAGCGUGUACUUGAAAAGGGCGGAGGGGAUCGAGUGACAAUACCGGAAGAAGUGUGGGAAGUGUGGCCUCCUCCUGUUCUAUCAGCACCAGAUGAAGAACACUCCUGUGACGUUCAUCGUGGAUGGUGCCGUGGUCAAGUUUGGCGAGGGCUUUGGCAACACCAACGUCUACAGCCAGAAACCCGAGGCACCAAAGAAAGUCAGAGUGAUGAUGACGAAACGCACCAAAGACAUGGGCAAGUUCAGGUCUGUUACCAUGUCAACCAUUGAUGAGGAAGAGGAAGAGAUCGAGGCAAGGGAGGUGGCGGACUGUUAUGCUCAGAAUGCUAAAGUCAUCGAGAAACAACUAGAGAGGAAAGGAAUGAGCAAGAAAAGACUGCAGGAACUGGCUGAACUAGAAGCUAAGAAGGCAAAGAUGAAGGGGACCCUUAUUGAUAACCAGUUUAAAUAGUGUGUGUGUGUGUGUGUGUCUGUGUG